UCUUCCCAAGAAAGCAGGUCUGCUUCGUUGCGGGAAGAGCUGCAGACUUAGAUGGAUGAACUAUCUCCGACCUGAUAUCAAGAGAGGAAACAUUGGUCCGGAAGAAGAAGAUCUCAUAAUUCGUCUUCAUUGUCUCCUCGGAAACCGUUGGUCCCUCAUCGCAGGACGCCUCCCCGGUCGCACAGAUAAUGAAAUCAAGAACUACUGGAAUAGCCACCUCAGUAAGAAACUCAAGAAGCAAGGCUUCAUCAUAAGAGAAUGUACACCAAGACCUAAACGAUCAGGUGCACCUAGCUAUCAUAAGAAAAUAAAGUGCACCAACAACAAAUUUGCUGAGAACAUACAAAACAAUGAUGCGGAUGAAUGUAACAAAAUAUAUGCACCCAAGCCUACAAGGCUUAAGCCGUGCUGGUCAGUGAUGGAGAAAAGUGAGAGCACGAUAGGAGAGUGUAAGAAGGGAACAUCAGAUGCGAGCAGUGGAACUAAUGAUGUGGAUUGGGCAUCAUGGACGCAUGAAGAUCAUGUAGAGGAAUUUGAUCAAACGGCUGGUUUGUUUGAAGGUCCUUAUUUGGAUUUUGCUUCUGAUUUUUCCAUGCCAAAUAUUGAAUCACUUGAUAGAUUAUUUAAUGAGUACUCACAGCUCCUGCAGUUGGAGGUUGAUGUGUAGAUGAGACACAAUUGCGAUAAUCUAUAUGGCUGUAUUUAGUGUAUGCAAGCUUCUAUUUGAUGAUUUCCAGCGUUAAGUUAAAUGUUCAUGUGACUGAAAAAUGUACUCAAUAUUGAUCAAACUAUUACGAUGUUAAAUAUAACUGGUAAAUGGAAAUAUAUGAGGAUUUUAAGAGUGGAGUAUGUAUAGUUUCGCUAAGUUAAUUUUAUACGAUAA